UCCUGCUGGUCAGUCAGCAGCAGCUUCUGGAGGGUCCGCCGGUGGAUCAGCUCUCUGCUGGGGGGGACAUGUGGACCAGCGGGUCCAGAACCGAACCAAGCCUCUCCUGCGGCCUGAGGAGAUGGGUCCGGGUCUGAAAGACCAGGAGGAGCGGGACUGGAGCGGGACCGCCGCGGACCGACUGAUCCCGGACCGGUGGAUCAUCAGAGUUAAGCUUCCUGUUGGUGGAUACUUCCUGUGAGCCCCCGUUCAGUGGACCAGUAGAAACUUUUCCCGCCUUGGUUUCCAUCCUGCUGCCAGAAUGCCCAUCAUCAGCAACACCAACCACGACUUCAGCACCUACUCCAUCAGCAGCGACGACAGCAGCCUCGACCGCUUCUUCACCGAGAUCCCGGAGACCGAGACGCUGAAGGGCGUUUACUUCCAGCGCGCCCAGCUCAUCCGGGACCACAAGGCCUCGUACGUAGUGGACCACACCCUACAGGUUCUCAUCAACGUCGGGGGAAACCGCUACACCUUCCCCUGGAGCACCCUGGAGCAGUUCCCCCACAGUCGACUGGGGCGCCUGCGCUCCUGCACCACCCCCGAGGAGAUCGCUCGGCUCUGCGACGACUACGACGAGACGUGUCAGGAGUACUUCUUCGACCGAAACCCCACGGCCUUCAGGGUCAUCCUCAACUUCCUGGCUGCAGGAAAGCUGCGUCUUCUCCGGGAACUGUGCGCCGUCUCGCUGCACGACGAGCUGGACUACUGGGGCGUGGACCCGGGCAACAUGGAGCGCUGCUGUCGACGACGCAUGAUCACCCGUGUGGACGAGGUGGUGGAGCAUGAGCGCAAAGAGGAAGAGUGGAGGAAGAAGCGGAUCAUGCUGAAGAAACGACCGGCGCAGACUGAGAAAGGAUAUCGCAGAGUGGUCUCGAUGCUGAGGGAGGUGAUGGAAAACCCCCACUCAGGUCUGGCUGGGAAGAUGUUCGCCUGUCUCUCCAUCAUCAUGGUUCUGAUCACCGUCAUCAGCCUGUGCAUCAGCACCAUGCCGGACCUCAGGGAUGAGGAGAACAGGGGCGAGUGCUCCCUGAAGUGUCGCAACAUGUUUGUGGUGGAGUCCAUCUGCGUGGCCUGGUUCACCUUAGAGUUCCUGCUGCGCUUCGUCAACGCUCAGAGCAAGCUGGCCUUCGCUCGCGGCCCCCUGAACAUCAUCGACGCCAUCGCCAUCCUGCCGUACUACGUGUCCCUGGUCUUCGACGUGGGCGACGAGUCCCGGGAGGACGCGGUCAUGGGAGCCAGCAGAGGCUACCUGGACAAGCUGAGUUUGAUCCUGCGCCUGCUGCGAGCCCUGAGGAUCCUCUACGUGAUGCGGCUGGCGCGCCACUCCCUGGGCCUGCAGACGCUGGGGCUGACCAUGCARCGCAGCAUGAGGGAGUUCGGGCUGCUGCUGCUCUUCGUCUGCGUGGCCGUCACCCUCUUCGCGCCCCUGGUGCACCUGGCGGAGAGCGAGCUGGCGCCAUUCGCCGCCAUCAACCCGCACCACCGGUUCAACAGCAUCCCCGCCUCCUACUGGUGGGCCAUCAUCUCCAUGACCACGGUGGGCUACGGCGACAUGGUGCCGCGCAGCGUCCCCGGACAGGUGGUGGCGCUCGUCAGCAUCCUGAGCGGCAUCCUCAUCAUGGCGUUUCCCGCCACCUCCAUCUUCCACACCUUCUCCCGCUCGUACCAGGAGCUGAAGCAGGAGUACGAGCGGGUUUGGAAGCAGGAGCAGCACUCGGACACGGUGGACUUCUCACCACAGGAUGAGUCCACGUCCAACAAGACGCGUCCGUCCACACUACCAGCUACGGCUUUGUGAAGAAGCUCACCUUCAAACAGUUCUUCCUUCAAAGUGUUCCCAGACUUCCUGACACACGAGGUCUGAUCUGGUCCUGGAGUCUUCCUUUAAUCAUCUUUAAUAACCAGACCUCCGUAGGUUUAGUCUGAUGACAUCUGCACAUUGACCCUUUUACUGAAUCCUUGUCACAAACACAAACUGGGACCUCUUUUUAUGCUUUUUCAAACUCAUGUGCAGGAUGUGUCUCCACCUGCUGGUCAGAGGAAGGAUACAGGGCUUCCCAACUGUGUGAUAUGUUGUUGAAACCAGCAACAUAUUGUUUUAUGUUUCUCACCACCGUGAGAGGCAGUGAUUGUGUAAUGUCCAGAAUUGUGUGUGUGUGUGUGUGUGUGUGUGUGUGUGUGUGUGUGUGUUUGUUUCUGGUGACA